UGGCUUCCACUGCAUCACCAAGACUAAUAAAAGGUCAUCAAAGACGUGAAGCCAUUCAUUUGGACCCCUGGGUUUUUGGCUCAGGUCAACAAUGGAUGGGCUUCUUCACUGUCUCCUGAGUUUGCUGCUGAUUGGGCUCUGCUCUGCUUCACCGGCAGGGAGAGAGUUUGCCACGUCUUUCAUGCAAAACCUCGGGAGUGAUGGCAGCGACACGCGCUUCGUGGUGGAAGUUGCAGCUCUGCCCUCUUCACGCGGCACCACCAAAGUCAAGGUGACCGCUGUGGGUCAGACCUAUGAGAAGGAAAUCAGUCCUGGUAAGAGCGAAUCCUUCAAGCUUCCCAACAGCGUCGAGAUGAAAAGCAGCCAAAAGUCAAAGCAGGCUGUGCUGAUUGAGACAAGUCAAGAUGUCACCGUGAUGUCACUCAACUACAAGCAAUACACAGCAGACACCUCAGUGGUUUACCCAGUGAACGACUGGGGCACUGAGUACUUCAUAUUCACACCCUCCAGCUUUAUGAAAGACACUUUCAAGGAAUUUUCAAUUACCAACUACAAGGAGGCAAACACUGUGGAGAUUCUGCUGCAGGGCUCGGUCAGAUUCCAAGGAAAACACUACAGGCGAGGAAGCAAAAUGACCCUGAAGCUGGAGCCACUCGAGACGGCUCAAAUUCAGAGCCAGGAUGACCUCAGUGGUACCAAAGUCACCUCGCGCCUUCCUGUCGCUGUCUCCUCGGGACACAGCUGCGCUCAGAAGUACACCUCCUGCAACCACGUCUAUGAGCAGCUCCUUCCCGCCAGCAGCUGGGGGAAAGAAUUCGUCAUCGCGCCCCUGCCUUACCACAGCAUCAUCAGCUCUCUACAUGACAGCGUUUUUGUCCAAGCAUCCCAGCCCACCAAAAUCACCCUGAGCGUCGACGGAAAGGUCCAGACCUACCCUAUGUUUGCAGGACAAACGCUCGAGCUCUACUCUCAGUGGCCAUAUGCCAUGUAUCUGACUUCUGACAAGGGCGUCCAGGUCCUGUUUGAAUUCAACGGUGGCCCUGACGAUGUUCUAGAGUACUUUGAUCCCUUCCUGAUGACUAUCCUGCCCACCAGCUAUUUCAGCACCUCCUACUCCCUGGAAGGACAGGGCGAGUUCUACAACAACGUCAUUAUUGUGGCACGGAACAAAGACCUGAACGGCAUCACAAUCGACCCCCAGCCCCAGUCUGCUACCUUCACCUGGCAGAACGUCACGGGGACGGAUUUCUCCUGGACGGAGAUGUACUACAGCACCGGGGCUAACUUCUACAAGAUAUCACACCCCGAGUCCCCGUUUGGUCUCUACAGUUAUGGCGUCUCGUACGCUAACGGUUAUGGGUCACCGGCAUCUGCUGACACAGCAGUGAAACAUGACUGCAGCACCACCAAAUGUCCCAAAGGGGAAGUGUGCCGCAUGGAAGGAACCGCUCCUACAUGUGUCAAAGCACCCCCACAGAGGAAAGCAGGGACCUGCUGGGCCAUGGGCGACCCUCACUAUCGCACAUUCGAUGGCAGCCACUUUAACUUCAUGGGCAACUGCACCUACACCAUGGUCAAGAACUGCAACGUCAUCGCAGACGCGCCAGCCUUUGAGGUUGAGGCGCAGAAUUACAAAGAUACGGGUUCACAGAGCACAGCGGUGGGAAAGGUGGUCGUCAGAGCCUAUGGGCACACGAUUACCAUCGUACGCUCGGAGUUUGGCCUCGUGAGGAUGAACCACACGCUGUGGAAUCUCCCCGUUGCCCUUGGCGACGGCGCGGUGAAGCUGUCCCAGAGUGGCCUGUCUGUCAUGGUUGAAACAGACUUCGGCCUGACGCUGCAGUACGACUGGAAGGAGUACCUGGUCAUCACGGUGCCGGGCAGCUUUUCCGGCAGGCUGUGCGGCCUGUGCGGCAACUUCAAUGACCGAAAGGAGGACGACUUGGCGACGCCCACUGGUGCUCAGGCCGGCAGCGCGGUCGCCCUGGGUAAGAGCUGGAGGGUUGCUGGUGCGCCGGGGGACGCUCAGUGCCGAGACGAAUGCCCGGGCAACUGUGACACCUGUGACCGCGACGGCUUCUUCGACGGCCUGAAAGACCGGAUCUUCUGUGGCUUGCUCACGCGGGUCAUGAAUGGGCCGCUGAGCGACUGUAACGCCGUCGUCGACUCCAAAGUGUUUCAUCAGAUGUGCAUGUACGACGUGUGCAUGGGCGAGGGUAUGAAGGACUUCCUGUGUAACACCCUGCAGGUGUACGCCGAUGCCUGUCAGCGGGCCGGCAUCAAAAUCUACGACUGGAGGCACCUCGCCCGAUGCUCUCCACCGUCGUGUACAGCAAACAGCCAUUACGAGUUCUGUGGAAACGCUUGUCCCGCCACCUGCGAAAACCCAGAUGCUGCCUCAAAGUGCAACAAAUCCUGCGUGGAGACCUGCGUGUGUGAUGAGGGCUUCCUGCUCAGUGGCACGGAGUGUGUUCCUAAGGCCCAGUGCGGCUGCUCCUACAACGGGGCCUACAUAGAAGCUGGAGCCUCUUUCUUCACCGGUCAGUGUGCUGAGAGGUGCACGUGCAACAGGUCCACCAAGUCAGUGGACUGUGUGAAGCCAGGGUGCCAACAGGGCUAUCAGUGUAAAGUGGUCAACGGCCUCAUUGGAUGUCACCCACUGGAAUAUGCCGAGUGCAGCAUGACCGGCGACGGCCCUCACAUAAACACCUUCGAUGGGUACAACUACAACUUUCAUGGCACCUGCGUGUAUCAGCUGGCCGGGGUCUGCUCGAAAACCACCCCCCUGCCGACGUUCCAGGUCGAUGUGCAAAACGACGUCUACGGCACCGGCGCUAAGUUGGUGGAGGUCAAAGUUGAUGGGGAUUCUAUUGUUGUCACACGAACGCAAAGAGGCACAGUGCUGAUAAAUGGAGAAUUCACAAACUUACCAAUCAAACUCAAAGGCAACAUUACGGUCCAGCAGAUUAGUGAUUCCGUAGAAAUCCAGACUGACUUCGGGCUGCUCGUCUCCUAUGACCGGCGUUCGGCCGUGCACGUGAAGGUCCCCAGCGCUUACGCCGAAGCGCUGUGUGGCCUGUGUGGCAGCUCCAACCACACGCCCGAAGAAGCGUCUGGGGAGGAGCUGGCGAAGCGCUGGAGGGUGGCGGAGAUCCCAGGCUGCGUGGACGGCUGCAAAAACAAGAGCGACUGCCCUAGCUGUGACAUCACCCAGAAAAACGCAUACGAGACGGACGAGUACUGUGGUCUGAUACAGAAGCCCACAGGCCCCUUCCACGCGUGCCACGCCGUCAAGAACCCCCGCGGCGUUUUCGACAACUGUGUGUACGACGCGUGUCUGCACAACGGCAGGAGGGACUCCUGGUGCGGCUACCUCCACAGCUACACCGUGGAAUGCCAGCGGAGAGGCAUCAACGUGUCCCAGUGGAGGACGGAGGACUUCUGCCCCCCGUCUAAGAUGACCCAUCCCAGCAACAGUCACUACGAGCACUGUGGAGACGUCUGCCAGGCCGCCUGCGACACCGGCCUCCCUCCCGUCGACUGCGAGAGGCCGUGCGAGGAGGGGUGGCUGUGCAACGACGGCUUCCUGCUCAGCGGCUCCAGCUGCGAGCCUCUCCAUGAGUGUGGAUGCGAACACGAAGGCAAGUAUUACAGGAAGGGAGAGAGUUUCCUGUCUGCAGACUGUCGUCAGAGCUGCGUCUGCAACAGCACAGUGCAGUGCAGGCCGCACUCGUGCGGCCCGUUCGAGACGUGCGCGCUGCACAGACACGUGCGGUCGUGUCAGCCGAUGGGGACCGCGACCUGCACCAUCUCGGGCGAUCCACACUACAGGAACUUCAACAACCAGUCGUACGACUUUCAGGGGACCUGCACCUACACCGCGGCCAGGUCGUGUCACCUGGACGGGUCGCAGCUCGAGGCGUUCUCCGUGGCGGUGGAGAACGAGAAGUGGACAAUGACGGACGUCCCCAACGUGGCUGUGGCCAAACUGGUGGCGGUGGAGGUGUACGGCUACACCCUGAUCCUCCGAAGCAAUCAACUUAAAACAAUCAUGGUGAACGGAGCCUUGACUACCAUCCCACUCAGCAUCAAUGAGGGAAAAGUGGAAGUCUACCAGGAAGGAUUCCACUAUGCUAUUGUAACAGAUUUUGGCCUUAAAGUCACGUAUGACAUGAUUUACAAAGUCACGGUCACCGUUUCUGCCAAGUACAUGGGAAAAACCUGCGGCCUGUGUGGAAACUACAAUGUCGAGGCCGACGGCUUUGAGCUGCCUGACGGUAGAUUAACCCACGACACAAAGAGCUUCGGCGCCGCCUGGAAAGUGGCCGUGCCCGGGGUGGUCUGCGACGACGGCUGCGAGGGAGACCUCUGCCCCAAAUGUGACGGCGAGCGGAGGAAAGCCUGUGAGCAGGACUGCGGCAGGAUCCGGGAUCCUAACGGAAGCUUUGCUGCAUGUCAUAGCUCACUCAGCCCCGAGUCCUACUACAACGAUUGUGUCUACGACACCUGCAUGUCUCAUGGAGACCGCCGAGUUCUCUGCCUCAGCAUCGCAGCGUACGUGUCGGACUGUCAGGCCAUCGGAGUGAACAUCAGCAGCUGGAGGACGCCUGAUUUCUGCCCUAUCCAGUGUUCUGACAACAGCCAGUACCACCUCUGCGCGGAGGCCUGCGCUUACCCCUGCCCCGGUCUCGUCGACACCAUCACCUGCCCCACGACGUGCAUGGAGGGCUGCACCUGCGUGGAUGGUUUCUACUUCAACGGCACUGGCUGCGUUGCCCUGGAGCAUUGUGGAUGUUAUUAUAAUGGACGUACCUUCAAGAUCGGCGAGUCUGUGCUCUCUGACAAUUGUCAGCAACUCUGCAACUGUACCACAUCUGGUGUCCAGUGUGAGGAUGUUUCUUGCAGUCUCAAGGACAGGUGUCAGCUGCAACAUGGCGUCUACGGCUGCUAUCCCAGAGAGUGUGUGUUGGAGACUGGAGGCUCCAUCACUCUGUUCAGUGGCUUGUCCGGCGACAUCUCAGUCAUGGGAGCGUAUGAAAUCAUGGCGAACUGUGAUGAAUCAGCUUCUGACUGGUUCAGGAUCGUGGCCAUGCUCCAACAGUGUUCACUGACUGGCGUGAAGAGCGUUGUGUCUGUUUACAUCUUCUUCAAUGACCUGAUUGUCACUCUUACUAAUAAACAGGAGACUUGGGUCAAUGGUAAAAAGGUGACUCUUCCCAACUCACCUGGAAAGAAUAUCUUUGUGAGACUCAAUGAGAAAACCAUAAUCGUCGAGAUGACGUCAGUCUUCCAGCUGCACUACAGCAGCACCCAGGAGGUAACGGUGACCGUGGGCGACAGCAUGGUCGACCAGGUCUGCGGUGCAUGUGACAAAAUGAUCCCCUUCACGGACAUGAUAGACUUCCCACAGGAUGCAAUGCAGGAGUACAUGGCCUCCUUUUCUGCACCAGACUUCCCCUCCUGUGAGUUGUGAAGACGCACAAGUAGGGAUCAACAACAUCAUCUGCAGAAAAUCAAUCAGUAAAUCAGCACUUUAUUUGACAAAUGUGUACAUUAGUAAUUAAUACUGUUUUCAUUCCUUUUAACUGGCUCAUGAAGUAAUUCUCCAAUUUUGUAAUCUUUGAGAUGUUUUUCAACACAGUACAAUGAUAAUGUGUAUCUGCAAUCCUCAUCAUACUGCAAUAAAGGGAAUUGAU